GGUGGGGAGUGAGGAUGAAGGUGUCUCUGGCUUUGGGUGCGGGAGGGGGUGGAGGAAAGAGCUACCGAGGGAUUCCUGAGUGCUGAUUGAAAUUGGGACAGCUUUCGCUUUGUCUCACCAUCAAACCCAGCUGUGCAUGGAAGGGUUAGUCCGUCGCGUCAAAGGCAGGGACAGCUGAGCCCCUAAAGGAAUCCUUGAGAACCUGGGAGUGGGCAUUUCACUUUUUCUGCGAUUAGGGAGUCCCUCGGCCUCUGCCCUUUGGCCUUUGACACGUGUGCACCUUCUGCUUCUCCAGGUAUGGAAAACAUGAAUAAAACAGACCAACUAUUCAUGACGAUUCAGAAAAAUGAUAGCUCAGAUAAUCUGAUAUUUCAUAUGAAAAAUGAAAUCAGAAGCACCAAGUAUAAACCAGUAGACUACCAACAAUUGCGUGCAUUAACUGAAGCAAAAAAGUUAGCUUCUGCCUCUACAGAGCUAAAGAUCAGAAAAACAGUGCAGACUUCAAAGUUAUCUAAAGAACAAACACUAAUAAAGCAACACAAGCAAGUGUGGUGGCAAGAACACCAAAGGCUAAAUGAAGUCAGAUACAAAAUGGAAUCUGAAAUAAAAUCCUUAUUCAGUGAAGAGAACAUUGGAAAUGAAUGUCUUUCUGACCUUAUGAAUUUUGAACAGGAGUUAUCAGAACAAUGGUGCACAUAUCUUAAAAAUGUAAUAAAUCCUAUUCAGCAAUUGAGAGAAGAUCUAAAAUACAGACAGCAUCACAUUUCACAGUAUUCACACUCAUACAGUGAAUCUAACUCUGUGAAAGUAUUGGAAGAGGUUGACUUCGUGAAGAAACAAUUGAAAGCUGUCUAUGAACAACUUAGGCUAGAGCAACAGAAAAUAGAAAAUUAUCUUUCAGACUGGAGCAUGGAAAUAUUAGAUCAUUCUUCAGAAGAAAGAAGUAACCUGCUUAGUGAACUGCCCAUGGAAUUAGAAACUUUGGAAUGUCCAUACCCUGACUUGAAAUCUUCAAUCCUUAAUGAGUUCUGUAACUUUACAGAGAAAUAUCAAAAGAAACUUCAAGAUUUUGAUCUGCAAUUAGAAGACAUAUACAGAAACUUCCAGUUAAGUGAUGAAGACCACUGGAUUUACCAGGCUGUUUUGGAUCAGUAUCCUGGGAAUCUCUGUGGCAGAAGGACUUUGUAUCUGGACAUGUUACAAAGAUAUCUUCCACACAAAUCGAGGCAUGAUUUGGUCGAACAUGAGAAAUAUUGUGACCAAUAUCGCUUUGCUAAGGAGCAGCGAAGAAUCCUGAUAUUAAGUUGGAAUAAGAAUAGGGGAGACUUUAUACAGAAGGCUGUGCUGACACUGGCCGAAGCCUGUGCAACUCAUGAAAUGGAAAGCAUGUUGGCUAAGGACAGGAAAAAACAACAGGAAGUGUGUGCUGAUCUGAAAGCCAAGGUUCUUCAGUGGCGAGCCCGCCAGGAAGAGGUAACAAGACUGGAAAUGGAAAUCUCUGCCAGAAGAAGAGAAAAGGAAGAGGAGAAAGAGAAACUGUGGAAGAAGAAGGAAUUGUUACAAAGAGAAGAGAAGAAAAAAGAGAUAAGAAAAUACUGGGCUGAUAAAGAACAGAAAUGGCAGGAAAUGGAAAUGAGAGAUCUUCGCCGUCUGGAAGAACUGAAGAAAUUAAUGGCUGAACAGUCAGUAAAAGACAGAGAAAGGGUUAAAUAUAGACAAGAAUUAUUGGAAAAGCGUUUGAUGGAGAAAAAAGAAGUGGCCCUUCAAGAAGCACUUGAAGAGGAAGAGAGAGAAAAGCGACUAGAAGCACUGAGGAAACAGGUUGCUAUUGUCGCUCAAUUUGAUCCUGUUAGAAUGAUGUCAGAUACAGUGGCAUCAAAAGCAAGGAUGGGUAUUGGAACUGAAGAAUUUAUUCUCCAAAAGCCACUCUUCACAUUGAAUACAUACAAUGAACAGCAGAUAAUUUCUGACCCUAGACUUCGUUUUGAGUUAGCACUCCGAGGAGCCGGACUUCAUAAAACAUUUUAUGCCAAAGAGAUAUUACCAAAAAUCAGUCCUCAAAAACCUCCAAGAAAGGAUAUGGAGUCUACUGUAUUUAAAAUCUAGAGUUCAUCCUCAAAUCCUAUUAUACAUAAACAAGAUUUUUCUUUGAAUACAUUUAUAUGGAUAAUAAUAAUUACUACUUUCUAAAACUUUACAAAUUAUCAGACGUAGAAGUCGUAGCAUCUAUUAAUCUAUUGUCUUUCUUUUAUGAUUUUUAGAAUUUUAUGCACUAUUUUCCAAUCUCUUUUUAUGUUUAAUAGUACUAAAUUCUCCAAAGACUAUGGAACUUAAUUAUGACACAUCCGGAACAUAUAUUAUCAUUUAGUAAAUUGUAUUUUGGAGGUUGCAUUAUCCCAUGAAAAGAGCUCAAAAUAACCAUUUGCAAGAAUCACAAUAUAUGCUGUUGUUACCUAAUAAUGUUCAUUUCUGUUUGUUAUUUCAGAAUUUGACUAUUUAAUUAUGGAAGUUUCAUUGUCAUUAAUACUUCUAUUAUUUCUCCAUUAUUAUAAGAAGAGACUCAACCUUUCUCUAAAGUUAGAAACCAGGUUGGUUUACCAUGUUUACUGCAAACCAAUCAUCCAAACAAUUUCACUUUGUAAAUUAGCCUGUAAGAAUAAAUUAGAAAUUAGAAAUAGCAGUUCAAGCAUAGGGAUAUCUGUUUGGCUUGGGAAAAUGUAUUUGUAUGGUUGUUUGGGAGGAAUGUUUUAAAACUUAGAAUGCUAUCAAAAUUUCCAUGUUUUCAAUUAAAUAUCUGGAUGAUUUUAUAGGAAGGAAGUGUUUCAAAUAAAACUCAAGCAUUAAGUUUU